ACUCCAGGACCGAGCCCCGGGGUGUCCUCGGUAGGUUUGUCGUGUGCGGGGUUUCUACAGGUCUGGAGCGAGUUCGGACGUUACGCCACGACCCUGCCAUCCCUGCUUGUUUAAGUUGCCACUCUUUAUGUGUCCAUUGCAUGAGUCACCGUAGACUCUUAGGGCUACAGAAGCAGGACGACCUCGGUGACUGCUUUGCAAACUCCACGCACCGGUUGGACGCGAACAUGGAUUGUAGAGGAUUUCAUUUUUCCCAGCUUUGCCUCUCAAGUUACUCUGUGACCCGGCUAGUGCGAGAUUGCCAGCCCCAUACCUCGACUAGACGCUAAGGGCGAAAACUCAGAAAAGCACUAACUUCCCUGGUGGCUUUCCGGAGGGCAGGAAUUGUGAAAUGAUUAGGCCAGCAGCACCCUAGAGAUUGACACCUCGCGCUUUCUCACAGUCGUGGCCUGAUAAUGUCCCUGUAUGGCUUAGUGCCAAAAUGAGUGAUCGCUAUUUAGAACAAAGGAUUAGUAUCAAGUUUUGCGUGAAAUUGAACAAGCCUGCAAGUGAGACCCACCAUCGUUUGAAAGCCUACGGUGAUGAAGUGGGGUCGAGGGCUCGAGGUCUUGACUGGCACAAAAGGGUUAAAGUAGGGGGGGGAAAUGUCCCAGGUGAAGCACGAAGUGGUCGUCGAGUCACCCACAGGACAGAUGAAAAUUUCCAGAAGUUCAAGGACUAGGUUUGUUCAAACAGGCAGUUAACGGUGAUAAUGAUGGCUGAAGAAUUAAAUUCAGAUAAAGAAACCAUUAGACUCAUUCUGAAAGAAAACCUGAACAUGAGAAAGUCUGCCAAGGUUAUAGCGAGUAUUCUUAAGAAUGAGCCUAAACUUAAAUUUGUAUUCCCAUAUGACCAUUCAAAGGAAAUUAUGAAACCUAGCUUAUAUGUGAGGGAAAAGAUAACAAAUUCUGAAACGUGGAGUCAUUUUGCAGCAGAUAUCCACCCCCUUGCCAGCCAGCUUCUUCAGGGGCCAUCCUCAGCAAGCAUUCCCACUAGGGUUGCUCAGAAUUGGUUCACAUCCUGGUGAAAUGAGCCUGAGGUAGCUAGAACCUGACCAGUAAGCUGUCCUCAUCUGCUUUUCAUCUGGUUUCUGUUUUAUGCUCUUCCUUCACACUUGGCAGGGUCCACUGGCAAUACUGAAUUAUGGGUUCCCCACCAUCCUGCUGGGCUUGUAACUGUUGAUUUCCAGUUCUAGCUUGCUCUUUAUUUCUUUAGCUAACUAGUUUGGCUCUCUUCAGUGCCUGCACCUCAGGCUUAGGGCUGUCCUGCACAUCAUGCUGUCCAGGGCAUCAUGCCAGUGAGAAGCAGUGGUAGGAGUCUGUUUCUGUGCCAAGGGAGACAUACUCUUCUGGGGGGACCCCAAAAGUCAUGCAGUUUCAGCUUGCUUCACAGUCAGGGCCUGAGAGGUAUGAUAUAGAAGGCAGUGGCAUGCUGAUUUAUUGAGUGGUGUGA